AUGGAAACGCCUGACACUGCAACAAAUAUAUUGGAAGAGACUGGACAGAAUAAUACCAAUAACUCACAUGUCUCAAAACAUUGUAUUAAUUUUUACGAAACUGCAUGUGGAGAGUGGGAAAAGAAUAAUCCCUUUCCAGAUGAGGAUUCUAGUUCAACAACUUUUAGAAAGAUGGAAAUGAACGUUGAUAACUACUUCUGGAAGAUAAUUGCAAAUGACUCCUACCAUAAAGAAGAUUGGCGCUUACAAACAGCACGAGCAUUUUACAAAUCUUGCGUAAAUAGUCGAAAUUCAAACACAGCGCGUGAUGGUCGUCAUCACUUGAUAGAUAUGUAUUUUGGCGGAUGGGAACUAAUACCAUCACUUUCGACGAACAUAAACAAUACAAAUAAACAAAAGCAAAAUAACAUGAGUAACGGGUUUACCAAUCUAUUUCUACCACUAUUACGUCAAACCGGACGUUCACCAUUAUUUUCAAUAAACAUCGCAGAGGAUAUUUUUGCUGUUAUUAUUUCACCUGGUCAGUUCGCAUUUCAUCCAGAUUUACCGAAGACUACUAUGAAUGAAUCCGAAGAGGAUUACUACAGGCUUGCAUUUGAAACCGGAGUACUUCAGUCUAACAAAACACAACUAACAGAGGCUUUCCAAACAAUGAUUCGGUUAGGCAAAAGGUCGAUCCCAAAGACACCGAACGUGAGAGAACUAACUACCAGAAAUGAACUACAUUCCACAUGUCCAGAGAUCGAUUGGAGUCACGUACUUGAAAAGGUCUUACAACAAACUGGAUACGUAAGGUACCAGAAACUACCAAUCAUUAUAGAACGGCAAUCCGAACUCCGUCAACGUUGCUCAGAAUACCGUGCUCUAUUGAAAGAAAAAGAUGGUGAAAGUAUACUGCGCACAAUAGCUAUUAUGGAUUUUUUACGAGAACAACAAAAGAAUACUCUAAACGUUCAUACAAUUGGAAUGGAUUAUAACUUGAAUUCAUCUUCACAGCCACAUUUUGAUGAGCAGUGUAUAACUCGGUUGAAGGACGGUUUUCCAUGGACGCUUGAAAGACACUAUAUCCGUUCGCAUGUAAACGAAACACACAAAACGGAGGUGAUCAAUAUGUUUAACGAAAUCAAAGUCACUAUAAUUAACUCAAUACCAAAAAUCAAGUGGUUGAAUGAUGAAGGAAGGAAAUUGAUGAAACAAAAGGUUUCAAACAUGGACGUGUUUGCCUUGUACUCUAAUCAAAAUGCUUCUGAAGUAAAAGAAAUAUUUUCAACAGUAUCCCAAUACCCAAUUCGAGAGGACAACUAUUACAAAAAUGAAUUUUACAUCCGUAGAGCAAAAUAUGUUGACACUUUGAAAACUCGAUUAAACAAGUAUAACCCAUCUCCGAUAGGAACACCGGAAUUUCGUGUAGCAGCUCAUUAUAGAAAUGAUGAAAAUCGCAUAUAUUUAUACUCAGGAAUUCUACAACCUCCAUUUUAUUAUGAAAAUGGUAGUUUAGCCUCGAAAUAUGGAGCACUUGGUUGGAUUAUCAGCCAUGAAAUUAUGCACGCCAUAGGUAUCGAAGGUGUACUGCUUGAUAAGAACAAUAACAGACGGACUUCGUUUGAUGCUUUAUUGUCAUCCAAAUUGAUACAAUCAAAAGCUAUAUGUCUGAGUUAUCAGUAUAGUUUUUAUGAUUUCACUAGUUUGAAAGCUUUUCAGGUUAGUACUCAAGAAGAAAUAUUGGCUGACAAUAAUGGAUUAAAAGCAUCUUACUACACAUACAGGCGUUUGUUGAACAAGUUCUCGAAUAAUGUUAGUCAAGAUCACCAUCAGUCACUUACAUCUGAUCGAUUGUUCUUCCUCUCUUUUGCUCAAAGUUUGUGUGGACAUCAUGGUCAGACUAUGCUUCUACUAACUUCGGUAGCCCAGCCUCAUGUUUUGGAAAAAUUCAGAGUAACCGGGGUGUUGGUUAAUAAUAACAGAUUCGCACGUGCAUAUGGUUGUCCAGUUGGUUCACCAAUGAAUCCUGAGGUGGAAUGUGAUGUGUGGUGA